UUUCUUAUUACUACAGGGGAAAACUUGGAUUACCUUGAUGGUGUGCAUACAGUAUUUGGAGAAGUGACAGAAGGCAUGGAUGUAUUGAAGACAAUUAAUGAAACCUUUGUAGAUAAGGAUUUUAUCCCGUAUCAAGAUAUCAGGAUAAAUCAUACAGUAAUUUUAGAUGAUCCAUUUGAAGAUCCACCUGGCUUGUCUGUUCCUGAUCGCUCACCAGAACCUACUAAGGAACAACUAGAUAGUGGCAGAAUAGGAGCAGAUGAAGAAAUUGAUGACUUGAAAGGACGGUCUGCAGAUGAAAUAGAAGAAGUUCAGGCAGAAAAAGAAGCAAAAACUCGUGCCAUUCUUCUGGAAAUGGUGGGAGACUUACCAGAUGCAGAGGUCAAGCCACCAGAAAACGUGCUGUUUGUUUGUAAACUGAAUCCUGUGACCACAGAUGAAGACCUAGAGAUAAUAUUUUCACGAUUUGGUCCCAUUAAAAGCUGCGAAGUGAUUCGAGACUGGAAGACUGGUGAAUCUCUUUGUUAUGCUUUCAUUGAGUUUGAGAAGGAGGAAGACUGCGAGAAAGCCUACUUCAAAAUGGACAAUGUGCUGAUAGAUGACAGACGGAUACAUGUGGAUUUUAGCCAGUCUGUUGCUAAGAUUAAGUGGAAGGGAAAAGGUGGGCGGUAUACCAAGGACGAUUUUAAAGAGUACGAAAGGGAACGUGACAAGCCUUCAAAACUUGCUCUGAAAGAGAAGGUAAAACCAAAGCAGGAUGCCAAGUAUGACCUUGUGCUGGAUGAAGUUAUAGAAGAGUCCCAAACAAGUCAGUCACACUUGGCUAAAAAACAAAAGAAGAAAAAGCACCACCACUCUGAAGAUGAAGAAGACGAUAAGAGGACCAAAAAAUCUAAGGAUUCGGAUCGAAAACACGAAGGAGAACGCUGUAGAGAGAAGAUGAAGAGUGAGAAGAAAGACAGGCAUCGGAGUCGCAGCCGAUCUCAAGAGAGAGACUACACUUACAGCAAACAAAGAGACAAAUACAAAGAAGACUUCCGAAUAAGAGACUGGGAUAGAAAAGCAGACAGAAGCAGAAGUCCUAAAAAAUCAAAAGACAAAGAGAGGUCCAAGUACAGAUGAGGGACGAUGAAAAGAGAGAGGGGAACUAAAAUAUGUUUUCUUCCAGCAUUUCCAACAUUCUCUCCAGUGGAUGUGCAGUUACUGGAUAAAAGCAGUUGCCUUCUGUUGGCAGCUUAUAAUUCUAUGAAUGCCCAGUGUCUGACUGUCGGAGUAAGCCUUGGUUUCAGAAAGGUUGUUUCAAUAAAGUAUUUCACAUUAGUG